GGAUGCCGCGACUUCGGCCUCGCGACUCGCGUUUACUCAUUGGCUUCGUUUCCUCUCUCGUCUCCACUUGGCCACCCCUUUUGCGCUGCGCUCUCACUCAGCCUUUUUGCCUUGAACUGAUUCAAGGUGGAAACAGGUCGGCGUGCGGGAGAAAACACCGAAUAGCUAGAAAUAAGGAAAACUAACAGACGCAACAGGUCCGGUGCUCUGUGGGGAGGGCGAGCGGCGAUCCCUCUCCGCGCCUUGCCCGGAGCCCCUUGGACCCUGCGCAGCCGCUCUCGGAAAAGGUGUCUCUCCUCUGGGAGACCGGGAGGGCUAGUUGAGUGGGUUUCGUUUGGCUUUUUACUCCACUGUCACCCGGUCCCCGGGCUGAGGGUGCUUUCCACUCGCAGCUGGGAGGAGGGAAGAAAGCGGAGGAUGGUCCAUGCCUGCUUGUCUCGGCGCUGAGGAAGCGGAGAUUGCUCGAGGUGACAGAGGGUGGGAGGCGAAGCCGAGGCAGCCGACCCCGCCACGAUGCUGGUGAAGAAGCAAGCAGGCAAAGGAGGGGGCCGUGAGCCGGGCUCCGAGGAUCCGAGCCGCGCCGCUCAGCCCUGUGCCCGGACCUGGCCUCCGUGCGCUAUCCUGGCGGCCCUUCUGUCAGUGGUGGCUGUGAUGUCUUGUCUGUACCUGGGGGUGAAAACCAACGAUCUUCAGGCGAGGAUCGCCGCUCUUGAAUCUGCCAAAGGGGACACUUCUUUUCUUCUGCUGCCUGAUUCACUGGAUCAGCUCAAGGCAAUGGUGCAAGAGAAGGUGGAGGGACUUCUGGCUCAGAAAUCCUAUGAACAUAUGGCUAAAAUAAGAAUCGCAAGAGAAGCAUCUUCAGAGUGCAACUGCCCAGCAGGCCCUCCAGGGAAACGAGGUAAGAGGGGCCGAAGAGGAGAAUCUGGUCCUCCUGGACAGCCUGGUCCUCAGGGCCCUCCUGGUCCAAAAGGUGAUAAGGGAGAACAAGGUGACCAGGGACCUCGGAUGGUGUUCCCUAAAAUCAAUCAUGGGUUUCUCUCUGCUGAUCAGCAGCUCAUUAAACGCCGCUUGAUUAAGGGUGACCAAGGACAGGCGGGGCCUCCAGGACCUCCAGGACCUCCAGGCCCAAGAGGGCCUCCUGGGGACACAGGGAAAGAUGGCCCCCGUGGAAUGCCAGGAGUACCCGGUGAACCAGGGAAACCAGGAGAACAAGGCUUAAUGGGUCCUCUGGCCCCUCCAGGACAAAAGGGUUCUGUUGGAGCACCUGGCAUUCCAGGGAUGGAUGGGCAAAAGGGUGAACCCGGCUUACCUGGAGCAGUAGGACAGAGCGGAAUACCAGGAUCGAAGGGAGAGCCUGGAGAACGAGGAGAAAAGGGAGAUGCUGGAGAAAAUGGCCCCAAAGGUGACACAGGCAAAAAGGGUGACCCUGGAUCAUCUGCUGCAGGAAUUAAGGGAGAACCUGGAGAAUCUGGUCGUCCAGGGCAAAAGGGCGAACCAGGGCUUCCUGGGCUUCCUGGACUUCCGGGGAUAAAGGGAGAACCAGGUUUCAUUGGUCCUCAAGGAGAACCAGGCUUACCAGGGUUACCAGGAACAAAAGGCGAACGUGGGGAGGCAGGGCCUCCUGGAAGAGGGGAGCGAGGGGAUCCUGGAGCCCCUGGACCAAAGGGCAAGCAAGGUGAAUCAGGAAGUAGAGGCCCAAAGGGGUCCAAGGGUGAUCGUGGAGACAAAGGGGACUCUGGAGCCCUGGGACCAAGGGGUCCACCUGGUCCAAAAGGGGAUCAAGGAGCCACCGAGAUCAUAGACUACAAUGGCAAUCUCCAUGAAGCCUUGCAGAGGAUUACCACCUUAACUGUCACGGGUCCUCCAGGACCUCCUGGACCUCAAGGACUACAAGGGCCAAAGGGAGAGCCAGGAUCUCCAGGAAUCCCAGGAGCUGAUGGAGAGCAGGGGUUCAAAGGCUCAAAGGGAGACAUGGGGGACCCAGGUAUGCCAGGUGAAAAAGGAGGAAUUGGACUUCCUGGAUUACCGGGUGCCAAUGGAAUGAAAGGAGAAAAAGGAGACUCCGGAUUGCCAGGUCCUCAGGGUCCCUCCAUCAUAGGCCCACCAGGCCCACCAGGUCCCCACGGCCCACCAGGCCCCAUGGGACCCCAUGGACUUCCUGGACCAAAGGGUACAGAUGGCCCUAUGGGACCUCAUGGCCCUGCAGGUCCCAAAGGAGAAAGAGGUGAAAAAGGAGCUGUGGGAGAGCCAGGACCCAGAGGGCCCUAUGGUCUGCCUGGGAAAGAUGGAGAGCCUGGUCUGGAUGGCUUCCCUGGUUCGCGUGGUGAGAAGGGUGAUCUAGGAGAGAAGGGAGAAAAGGGAUUCCGUGGCGUUAAGGGGGAAAAAGGGGAGCCAGGCCAGCCUGGCCUGGAUGGGCUGGAUGCCCCUUGCCAAUUGGGACCAGAUGGAUUACCCAUGCCCGGCUGUUGGCAAAAGUGAUGAAUCUAACCUUCCAAGCAUGAAGUUGUGUAUAUAAUGGUCCACUUUUUAUAUUUAUAGUUGAAAACCGAAUUGCAGAUUUUACAAGUCUGAGAUAUGUUUACAUACAGCUGCUUCUUCCUAUUUGCAGUAGUACACAUGUCCUUGUUUUCUUCACUUACUUCUGAAAUUGAGCAGUUUGUGAAACCAGUGAGAGAAGCCUACAAAAAUAGAGAUCUUUUGAUCUUAUGUGAAGUUAUGUAUUUAUAUGGACAUACCAG